AUGACACACAGAGAACAAUGUUAUAAAAGGAAAACAAGACGUCAACUUUUGGUAGAAAAAGAAGCUAUUGCAAAAAACUUAGUUGACAAAGCAAACUCUGUGAAAAAUCCUAUAGAACAUCUACAUUUCUUUCAUAAAUAUGUAACAAAAGAUAAUGAAAUUAUAGAACUUUCUUGUAUGAGAGCCAAAGAUGCAAAUUCUAAAUGUAUAUCUUGGAUAUUUGAUAUUAUGGAACGUAAUAUGAAAUCUUUAUAUGAACAAAGUAAUUGGGGUUGGGAUCCAAUUGCUAAGCAAAAAGAAUUAACAGAAUCAACAGCUUGGUAUUUAAUUGCAUCAUCUAAUGAUAAAUUUGUUGGAUUUUCUCAUUUUCGAUUUGAUGUUGAUUAUAGAGAAGAAGUAUUAUAUUGUUAUGAAAUACAAUUGGAAUCUACAAUACGAAGGAAAGGACUUGGUCAUUUUAUAAUGUUUGCACUUGAAUCUAUGGCAUCAGAAAAUAAAAUGCGUAAAGUAAUUUUAACUGUAUUUAAACAUAAUCCAUCUGCUAUGCAUUUUUUUUAUUCUCUUGGCUAUAAGAUAGAUAAAACCAGUCCACCAGCAUCAGAUCAAUUGGAUUAUAUUAUUUUGAGUAAGGCCGUUGAUAGUGGAACAAUGAGUAGAAAACAAAGUUCAUUUCAGUAAUUCCAUGAUAUUAUUAAAUUCUAUGUCUAAGAUUGUGUCUUAUGUAAUAAAAUUGGUAAUAUUUGAUGUGGACAUAAGUUAACAAUAGGUGAUUUCAAUGAAGGCCCUACAUUAUGGAAUGUCAAAGGAGCUUUACUAAUAAUCCAAUCAUCUAUAUAAUUAAGGAACUUUGUUAAAUCAACUUCUACAGAUUCAGAAACAUUAAAAUGACGUAAAUAAGAAUUGUCAUUCCAACACA